CUGCGGGCCCGGCUGGUGACCGCGGCCGUGCGCCGCCGGCUGCCUUGGUUGCUGCUCGGCCUCGUCUUCCUCGGGUCCGCCCUCAAGGACGGCGAUCUGGUGCCGGAGACGCCCAUGCAGAACAAACGCAACGUGCUCAACGUAUAUUUUGUCAAGGUGGCUUGGGCAUGGACGUUCUGGCUUCUGCUGCCUUUCAUUGGAGUCACCACCUACCUGUUUGCCAAGAGCAAGUUCCUCUACGGCCCCACAAAGAGCGUUCUGGCAGCUCUGCGGCGUCUCAGCACGCUGCUGGUGGGCACUGCUGUCUGGUAUGUCUGCACUGAACUCUUCAUCUAUAUCGAGAAUCUCACCGGCACGUGCUCUACCUUGACUAAACUCAGUGAGCCUCACCAGCUCUAUGCCACCAAGCAGGAGUGCCAUCGGAACAACGGGAUCUGGAAUGGUUUUGAUAUCUCGGGGCACUGCUUUCUGCUCUCAUAUUGUACUCUCAUGAUUGUGGAGGAAAUGGCUGUGCUGGAAGGCUUGUCCAUAGACCGGAGCUCAAGACUGCGUGUUGUUAUCAACGGCCUGUUUGUGUCCUUGUGUUUUCUCACCGUGAUCUGGGUGUUCAUGUUUCUAUGCACUACUGUGUAUUUCCACAAUUUCAGUCAAAAACUUCUUGGUGCACUGAUAGGUUUGGCAGCUUGGUAUGCAACAUACAGAGUUUGGUACUUGAAACCUUUUUCUCCUGGACUACCUCUCCCAAAUAUACCUUUGAGUUCAAAGAAAUACAGUUAUAGCCGAUAAUUUUUUUUAAUUUUGGAUUUUUCUUUCAGUGCCAGAGUAGUUCAGUACAGGCAUGGUUACAGGCUUAUCCACCAUAAGGAGCAAGGUAAUGGGCUGGAGAAAACAGCCUUUACUGGCUGAUGGGAGGUGAUAAUAAAGUUUGUUCUCAUGAUAAAAAAAAAAUUGGUACUGGAAAAGGUUUGGUCUUGGCUAGGAGUUACUGGCAAAGAAAUACAAAGUUGGAUUUGUUUCUUGUAUUAAUAAAUAGAGGAACAGAUCUUCCAAAACUGACAGAGGCCUUUGCACUUUAAGACCUUAACUGACCUUAAGUUAAUUCUCCCUCUUUCUAUCUAUUUUUAUCAAAGUACCAGGGAUGAUCCAGAUGUCUUUUUUUUUUUUUUAAUACUCCUACUUAUUCUUUCUUAGAGGAGGUCUCUCCUGAUGACUGCUGCUAACUAUUGCAGGAGACUUUAGCCAUCAGUGUUCAUUUGGUAAAGUAGUAUGAAGCUCAAUUGCGAAAUGCUAACAUCUCAUGUUAGCAGGUAUUAAAUACACCUAACAAGGGUUUGUGGCAGGUAUUAAAUACACCUCACAAGGGUUUGGUGUAUGCGUGUUCUGCAGCAAAGAGAAUGAAUCUGAGAUAUAACAGCUUAAGCAGUCUGUGACUUGAAAUUGAUACCUGUCUUUGGAAAGGGAACUCUUCAGUAACAAGUCUUACCUUUCUCCUUGCAUGAAGUAGCUGUAAUCAUGUUUUGUAACUGUAUUCUAGACACAAAAAAAUCUCAAGUCUAUUGAGAGAGUUGGGUGUUUGUUUUUUUUUUAAUCUUACACAUUUAGCACCAUAAAACUAUGAGUACUUUCUGGUAUGUUUCUUCCAGAACAGCGAAAUUCCGGUGUUAUGAACAUGUUAGCUUACCUUGCUCAGUAGCCUGCUUGGUAUUGAAUGAAACUUUAUCCUAAGAGCUGCAAAGCAGUUUGCUUGAAGCAGUAUUUGUUUUGUUUAUCAAUGAAUGUCAAUAAGCUACUUAAUUUUGAUUGCACACAUAGUUGUGGCUGCUUCUGAUGCGUUUUGAAACCCACUACUGAAUAUAACACUAAUAUAAUUCAUUGUAUAAUGAAUAGGUAUGACAUUGGAUGGGUUUACUCAUUGUAUCAAACAUUUAGCAUAGUUUUUAUCUUGCGAAGCUUUUUAUUAGGUUUUAUAAAGGUUUGCUCGUGUUGCAGUUGCACAAAACUGGUGUGAUGGUUGCAGUGUAGAAAAAGACAGUUGAAGAGGUUUGUAGGCACAGCUGUAGUGUGAGAGGGGACAAUCUGUCUGCAGCAUUUGGCUCCAAAUUGAUUGUUUUGUUGAACAGAAUAUGAUGCAGCGUAGUCAACCUUGGCACAUUUUUGUUGUGGGUUUGUUUUGUUUUGUUUUUACCAUCUCUACAAUUCUUCUUCAGCAAAUGAGUGGAAGUAUUUGCAGUAGUUACAGCGGCGUUAAUUCCAUGUUUGUGGCUUGCCUCUGAGGAAAGCUGAAUUCCCUUGACUUCCCACUCUGUUCAGUGCCAAACCUGAGUUGUUUUGCAGCAUCAGAAAGUGGAGAUGACCAUGCAGAAAAGCUUUUUCAGGAGCUGAAGUAUUUUCUAUCAAGUUCCUCCUUUUGUCUUUGCAGUAAAUUGCCUUUAAGCUGACUCUUUGGGAAAUUUGCACUGAUCAACUCAUAUUGGGUUUAACUAAAAAUAUAUUUGAACAAUGCAGAUUCAUUUGCAGUCCUUCUUUUGAUGUACUGUAAGCCUGCUCCCUCUUGAGUUAAGCUAGGCUGCAAGCCACUUUCAUCGUGAAAAAGGAUUAUAUACCCAGAAGGUUUUCUGAUUCAUUUCAUUAGAUUUAAGUUUCUAUUUUAGGUUAUCUUUAUGUAACUUUGCUACAUAGACUAGGCCUGCUACCAAAAAAUGCAGUUUAUUUAAGCCGACAGGCUUGCUGAUGUUAUCUUCAGUUCCACAGAUGUUUUGUGCAAUCACUGCAUCAAUGUUUCUCUGUGCUUCGGAUUAGUGUCACGCAAACUGGUUAUUAUGGAAAUAAUGUGGGCCAUGGCUAUUCUCAAACUGUAUUUAAAUGAUGAUAGAAAAACAGUUAAAAUUCCAGUGUUUGUGUCUUUGUGGGUGUUUCUGGAGUCUGUAAAGGUACUUUUGUUGUUCUUCACUUCCCUGAAUUAUCCAGCCUCCCAGAUUUUUUUACUGAGAUACAGAAUUAUCAGUGACAGUCUGAGCACACAGCAUUUGAAUAGAUUAACAUGGCACACGUUCUCAAAAAUAAAGGGUUUAAAAACAACAAAAACACCUGACAGUAUUCCUAACGUGUGCCUUGCAGUUGAUUACAUAGACGUGAACAGUUGCUCUUUGUAGCAAAGUGAAAGCCUAAUCCACUGAAAUAGAUGGAAAAGUUCCCAUGCAGUAAUACUCCUUAUGAGUUUGGCAAUCCUGCACAACGUGUUUCUCAGAGACCACGUGCCAGCUGUUAGCUUACAAGGUUUCCUUGUGCUUCAGGCCUCUUCUUGGUGUCUUUUGGCUUUCAGUUAACUGGAAAUCAAAAUUGCCAAUUUUCUGCUCCUGCAUUUCCUCCCUCCCUCCCUCCCUCCCUCCUUCCCCCAAAUAAACUUCUAUCAUUAAAAUAAAAACGUGGCCUCUCUAUCACAGACUUGCAGCAAAAGAGAAACGGUAGGAACAGCUGGAUGUGGUGCUUCCUAUCAAACUGCAGAUCCUUUAUUUCGGCUGCCAACAGUUACUGUUAAAUUGUAUUCAGAAGAAAGUAUAACAUUUUAAAGGUAAAUGAGGUCUGUAGUGGAUUCUAAAUGUAAGCAACUGUAGUCAUGUGAAACACAGGGGUUGGCUGGUUGGUUUUGGUUGGGUGUUUGUUUUGCUUUUUUUUUCCUUUUCUGCAUUAUUGUUAAUUUCAGAUUCUGCUCCCCUUCUUCUGCAAAGCUGUCUUUCCACACCUGUACAAUUAUUGAGGGGAUUUUUCUCUCCAACAUAUUACUGACAUAGCACUGAAAUGCACACAAUGAAAAAUUAGCAAAUAUACAUGAAAGUGUAACUGACGUUUGGCCUGACUGAUGUGUGUGAGGCAGUUCCUGCUCUUGGUGCCUUAGACAUUCUCCUCUGGUAGGGCUGAUAAAGAGGGGAGUUUCAUCUAGAAUUCAUUCAUUGGAAUGAAUUCAUUGGAAAGUUUACGGAUUCGUUUUGCUCCUGGGACCCGUUCACAUGUUUGUGUCACAGGAGGCAAAGCCAGGCAGAUGGGAAAGCUCUUCUGUAAGAUCCAUUGGAGUGUUCAGACUUCAAACGUACCUGAAACUGAUGUUUGGAUUCUUCAUGAGAGUUUUUGCUCAGAGCAGACGUGCUCUGUGAGCGCUUCACUGGUCGUGGAGCAGCUGAAAUAAUAGAAUCUCAUUUUCUGUUUUGAUGCGUGGCAAUUUAUGGCAAUGUGAGAAACACCCAGUCAUACCCUAUGGUGCACUUUAAUUGAAAAACUGUAGGGGAUGCUGUGAUAUAUUAAAUGUCUUGGAAAAUCAGCAGUUAGUUCCGAAUACAAAUUUGUGGUCACUUUUCUCAGGAAAAUAAUGCCCAAUAACACUGCUCUGGAGCUCAAAGCAAAUCCCUGCAGCUCCUCAGCCUUUUCCAGCUCCUUGCUUAUCUCUGUUCACUCAAACCCAUUUCCUAGAGUUGUCUUUUCAUAGCUUCAUCUCCUCUCCUGGACUGCAGAAUUAGUAAUAGCUCUUUACCUCUGCUUAAAAGCAUGCUUUCUCUCUUUUUGUCUUCUCCUCCUUUAACUGUUCUGCCAAAGCUUAAGGUGAAAUAGGCUGCUGUGGUUCCCAACUCAUAGUGAACCAUUGCUAAAGGGAGCUGGUCAAUCACUGUGAUGGAGUUUAGCUGGGAAAGAGAAUAUGCCUCACUUAUUGAAGCAGGACUGCCUGAUGUGUUUGAACUCAUGGAAGCAAAUAAAGCACCUUAGUGCUUUAGGGAUACAGUGAGAAUACAGAGAUUACAAGUUGGACAACCAGAAAUGCAAACGACCAUCAGGAUGGAUUGCAGUCCCUGAAAUUUCAGGUAACUGUGUUGUAACAUUUGAUCCAAGAGGUCUGUUAAUGUAUCUGCUGGCUGUCACAAAACACAAGCAAUAUCAUGUGCCUUGUAACGACUUGAACAACUUUUCUGUAAAGCUUUGGAGCUGUGAUAUGGCACAGGGAUUAAGAUGAAGAGCCUUUCAGGAGAGCUGACUGUUAAGGGAAAGAAGUAGUCAUAAAAACGCUCUUUCUCAAUCAUGCAUUUCCUGAAGAAGGUCUGCAGUUGUAGUGCAUGUUUUCCUAGUAUUGUAAGGCUGAAUGAAGAAAAGCUUGGAAUAAAAAUAAAUACAAAUGACUUUAUUUCUUAUUUCUGAAGCAUUUUUCUUUGUUCAUUCAAGGUCCAUUUUGCAGUUUUAGGUCACAUUCUUUCCGUGAUGCAAUUUAAUGCAUUUAAUCUGUGGGAAAUGUUGUUGAUGUCAGAGCAAUAAAUAGACAUAUCCUUAUUGUAAA